CUUAAGUCCAGGAAUGCAGCCCCUAAGUCCGAGAACCCAAUAAGAACGGGCAGCUGUAUAAAAAUACCCCUUGUAUAGAAUAUACAACGGGUCACCUGUAGGCGUCUCUCAUUGUAGCCCCGCCCAGCCUUGGCACUACAGCGAGCCCCGGACGCGUCAUGCGCGGGCUAACUAGCAAGCGGGCACGGUUGAAUGGGCAUUGCGCAUCGAAUGGGCGUUGUUGAUUGCACGAAUGGUGCUAGCCAUGUAAACGUGCACGUCAUAUGCUGAGGUGCUCCUGCAACCUGAACGUCUCAGGGCGGCGCCACAGGCAUGCUGAGGAAGCUGCUGCGCAAGCUGGUGCAGUGGGCGCGCACGGAGCGGGUGCCCAUGCUGGAGGGUGCGCUGGCGACUGCAGAAGCUGACCUGCUGGAGACCGACAUGGGCAUACUGGGCGACGCCAUCCACUGUUUCAUCGAGGCAGUGGAGGUGCCGGUGCUGGUGCUGUGCGACGAGGUGCAGAGCCUGUUCCUGCCGACCCUCGGCGGUGAGCCGGACGUCAACGGUGUCGAGUACGUCCGCAACAGGUUCAUGAAGCAGCUGCUGGUGGGAGGGCCCCGCACCGUGCUGUGGUGCCUGACAGCGAGCUCCAUGGCACACACGUGGAUCAGUGUGGCCAAGAUGCCGCCCAACGGCCAUUGUGUCAUCGUCAGCAACACCGCCGUCCACCUGCCGGCGACCUACAGCGCCGCACACAUGGAGUGGGCGUGGCAGCGCCUGCAGCAGGUCAGGUAUCCGCAUGUGGUGCUGGACCGCCGGCUGCUGGAGCUGUGCCCGCGGUCAGUAGCGCUCCUGGUGGUCCUGGUGAACGCCUGGGUCACUGAGGGGUGCCCCAGCAACGCGGAGGCCUUCCUGUGCGAUUUCGUGCGGUUGAAGGUCAUGGACGAGUCGCUCAGGGAGUGGAAGGUUGGGCUGGAGUCCAUGCCGCUGUCGCAGCGGCUCGCCAUCCUGGACCUGUCGGUGCCGGCCGUGGGGGCGGACACCAGAAAGCAGCUGCUGCAUACCGGCCUGCAAACGUUCCUGCAGCCGCACCUGGACAAGACGGUGGACGGCCGCUGCUACCUCCGCGACUCGCACCAGCGCCAGAUUGUGCGGCUGCUGUUACGGGAGAGGUGGAGCGAGCUGGGGUACAACGUCAGCCUGACGCAGCUGGACUCCGGGUGGAACCUGUUCUACCUGGGGGAGGCCGCGGACUACCUGCUCGGUCUCGAAGCAAGCCGCCGCUGGCAGCAGCUUGCACAGCCGCUGCCAGCUGGAACCGACGCAUUCGAGGCCAAACUACAGGUCAUCGCCGACGGCGUCGCCAACAAGCUGCGGGCGGCCGAAGCGGCCGCAGGCGGCGCUCAGCAACAGCAGCAGCAGCAGCAGCAGCAGCAGCCGGGCGGCGGCGCGGAGCUGGACCCCCAGGAGCUGUGGGAGCGGCAGCCCUGGUUCCAGAAGGUGCUGAACUCGGAGUGGAACGAACUCGACCUCAAGGCCCACCUGAACAACAAGCAGGCGCGGCACACGCACCUGGCCAUGCUGGUCUUCUACCUGCGGCUGAGCCGCAAAGCGCUGGGCCACGCAAAGCCGUGGGAUCGGGCGGCUGGUGCCAUCUUGGAUGUGGACAUCGUCGAGGCGCUGCCCGGUGCGCUGGGCCAGCCCCUCUUUGACGUCAACGAGGCCAUGGUAGAGGCGCUGCGGCUGGUAUCGGGCCCCACCUUUGAAGCCGCAGCCGCUGUGUUUGCGGCGGAGCUAUCAGGCAGCGUCGCUGGUGGCGGCGGCCUGAGCAGCGGCGAAGGAGGCGAUGGCAGCACCAGCCGGGGCGGUGGGCGUGGCGGCAGUCGCGGCGGCGGAGGGCAGGGGCGUGGCGCAAGGGCAGUGCACGACCGGUACACGUGUCCGCCCUCGGGACCAGCAGCGGCAGGGUGGGGCCAGCGCCCGCCGCUGGCGUACACCGCCAGCGGCAGUCGUGUGGGGUGGGGCAAGGGAGGGCAGCGAGCAGCCACGCUUGCGCCGAGCCGGCGCGUGCGGCUGCCGCUCGUUGCACAGGUGGUACCAGCGGCCUCAGCAGCGAUGGGGUCGCGACUACUGCGUGGCUGUUAGUGAAGGCGCCUGUACCGCUGUGUGUUCCGAUCGCUGCCGCUGCUGAUAGCCGUGGCUUGCUGUGCACCGCUGCGUGCUACGAAGUCGGUACGUGGCUCAACGGCUAAGUCAGCAAGCAGUCAGGUAGAAGCGCCGAGUAGGAGUGAGAGUCAGUGGGGUAUGUAAGCGUCUUGCUCGUAGCCGCUUAUAUACCCCUCUGACUCUCACUCCUACUCGGCGCUUCCACCUGACUGCUUGCUGACUUCGAUGUUACCUGCGGGGCGUGCGUGCGUGCCUGCGCGCCGUGGGAAGGCACGCUUGCUGUGCGAGGCUGCACUGAUUGUACGACUGACUGUCCUGCACUGGCCGCAUCAGGUGUGUGCCGUGUACCAUAUGUGUAGCUGUGUGUAGCAGCUCGCAUGAGCAUGGGCACUUCUGAAUGGGCAGCAUGGUGCAGAACGGUAGACUGGGUGGCGAAACAUACGCUGUUUCAGGACAUGUACCGCAACUUGAUAUUACAUUUUUGAGGCGGUAUGGAGAUUACUGCCAUGCAAUCCAUAGAGCAUGCCUAAAUUCGGUGUACGGACUUAGCCAUGUCAAAUGCCCGCCACGCAACUGCGAACAAUAACGGUACGAUGCUAUGAAAAGGAACGGGGCGUGUGGUGGGCCUGGAGGGGGCCAGCGGAUGGUUUGAAUGGCCCCCCUCCAGGCCCACCAUACGCCGCGUUCCUUUUCAUAGCAUCGUACCGUAAUUGUUCACUCUUGAGUUGCGGACAAGUUGCUACUAGAUUCUUGGAAGCGCACGUACAGGACAUCUGCACGUGAGCGUUGUUGCUAUUUAGAUGUCUGCGUCCUGGCAUUGUGGGUCACAGUGCAUCUACGCGUUGCACUCAUGCACGGUGUUGGCAGGACCGGACCGGACGUGGAGCAUGGACUAGGCUGAAGUUCGUGAACGUGUACUAGAGGCUGCCGCCCACCAAGCACCGCCCCCCAAAUGUUUGCUGUUGGAGUUGUCGUGUGGCAGACCGGCACGGAUGACUUGUAGAGCAGCGCGGCCGCCCUGUAAUCGUCUGACGUC